CUUCAACGCCGGUCACCGCCCAGUGAAGAAAUCGAUUCGCGUGCAUCCAUCUCAGAUCAGACAUAUCUGAGACUCGCCAUCCAGCAGAGCUGAAAUCGCCUGACCGCCCGCAAUGGCCCCUCCAGCACCGGGCGCCUCUCUGCAGGAGAGAUUGUUGGCUCUGGCCCAAACGCUCCAGUUUGCAUGGUUCGUCGGGCACGUCACGCUCCUGCUCACCACAACCCGCUAUACUUUGAGCUACAUCUUCCUCAAGUACUACAGCCGCUGGGCGCAGUUCAGCUACCGUACCGCCUUUAUCGCCGCUGCUGCAACCUAUGGUAUUGUCGUAUUCAAGGGUUACCGGGCACGUGCGAAGAGCGGCAAGCAGCCAGCCAGCCCAUUGGCUUUGGUUGGAGAUGAGAAUGUGCAGUACCUGGCAAUGGCCCUCCUUUGGCUUUUCUCCCGCCAGUACCCGCUCGCGAUGCUCCCAUACGCCGUCUACAGCAUCUUCCACGUCCUGACCUACACCCGCGGAAUCCUCCUCCCCACCAUCCAGCCGCCUCCAGCGACCCCUGCUGGACAGAAGCCACAAUCAAGCGGCCUUGCAGACACCAUUGGUCGCUUCGUCAAGGACUACUAUGAUGCUAGCAUGUCCAUUGUCGCUGGCCUCGAGCUCGCGCUCUGGUUCCGCAUCGCUGGCUCAGCUCUUAUCUUCCAGAAGGGCAGCUGGAUCAUCCUCGUCGUGUAUACCAUCUUCCUCCGUGCUCGCAUCUCCCAGAGCACUUUCGUCCAGGGCAUGAUCAAGCAGCUCGGCGCUCGCGGCGACGCCCUUGUCCAGCGCCAGGACGUGCCGCCCGCUGCACGAAAUGCAUGGGAGACUAUCAAAGGCGUGCUCAAGACAGUCCACGACCAGACCGAUAUCAACCACUACAUUGGGGGUGCCCCUCCUCAGGCUCAACCAAAGAAGGCACAGUAGAUGUAUUGGAACUGGUAACGGCGCACGAAGCAUAGACACGAGCAACGUCGAGACGGCCAACAGGAAUUGGAGCGAUGUUGGGGAGGCUGAUGAAAACAAGGAGAACAUUUUAAGCAGGGCCGCGCGAGAAGCUGCACACCUGCACGGCAAAGUUGUUGAUGAGAGGAUAACCUGGGUUGAAUUACCUGGUAAGCUUGGGCGCGUUGAGCUGCUCUGCUUAUACUAGUAUAGUAGGGCUUAGCCGGGCGUACAGGUAAUUGCAUUUGAAUGAUAUUGUCAGCUUGUACACACAAAGUGCUGGAAUUGCAACUAUCCUAAAUUG